GCGUUCCUCCUUUUACGGAUCAUUCGCGAUCGUCAAUCGCGCGAAAGCGUAACGAGAACGGCUGUCUCGCGAAUCGAGAGUAAUCGCGCAACGGGUGCACGGCGUUCGCGGGCGGGAACGGGAAAGCGCAUCCGCAUUUAUCAGCCGCCAUCUUUCCCGCGCUGACGUUUCUUCUCACCCCCCAAACGCUGGUUCGCUUCGUCACGGGCAUUUAAUUCGUGGGUUCGGUAGAUUCGGUGGCGUCGCGAGGGAUUUUCUCGCUGGAAAAUGCUCAUCUUCGGCGGGGCACUCGCAAAUGUAUAGAUUUUUUCAUCACUUGCUUAUCAGUAGAUCGCAGAUGACUACGAUGAACGGGAAGAGGCCUUCCUCAAUACCUUGUAGACAUCAACCAGAGACACUGGCGCAACACUUUGAUUUGAUCAAGUAUAUCUAUGAUUCAUGGAAUUCCGUAUCUAGAGAGCUAGAUAUGUGUCAUAAUCAACCACACAGUAAUUCCUCCAAUUAUAGAAACGGAGCAUCAGUUACAUACUAUCAAUCAUCAGAUGAGCCAAAUCCACAGAUGAAAGUCAAACCCGCGAUAACUCGAACCAAUAAAAAACUUCGAAAACCUCUGUAGGACGAAAAUUUUAUUCAUUCCCUUCCGCAUCACUGUGGAAAAUUUUUGUAAAUCGAAAUAAAAUUUUAACUCGAAUUAUUUGUCAGAUAUUUAAAUGUAUUAUUUUAUCUCUGCAAUUCGAAUUUAAAAGACAGAUCUCUAUAAGUUGAGGUUCACUUCUAUAAAUCAAACUUCUAUUGUCGCUGUCUCUUAUAUGCCAUAAUUCGAGUUGUAGCUAUGUGUAACCAUAACGGUUUGGUAUUUGUUUUAUCAUUACAUUUAUUAUGUAUGCAAUAAAUAAUUCAUUGUCAAAUA